UUGAUUUCUUUCAUACUCCAUCUGAUUCAAUUGGGCAAAAUCUUUCACAGUUAUCUCUAAUCUGUUAUCUGUACGUCGGUUAUGUUUCAUUGGUACUUUGAAUUUCAGUCAAUUUUUGGGUUUUCAAGAUCAUGGCAUUUAAAUGUAAAGUUGCUGUUCAGUUUAAUUUGAACUUUGGGUUUGAGAUUUUUUAGCCGAUGAUCGUUCUUCAGUUGGGUUUAAGCCGAAUUGCUGCGUUCGUCAUCUAUUGAUUUUUAUUUUUUUUAUUAUUAAGGUUUGAAUGAGAUGAUAAAUAUGAAAGCUGGGAAGUUCUUGCUGUUUUUAUUAUGCGUCAUUGCGAUUUCUAAUACAGUGAUUUGUGAAGCGCCACCUACUUGUCCGGCUGAUCUUGAUGGUGGUUGUGGUUCUGAUGACUCUGGUGAAUGGGAAGGGGAAUUUUUCACUGGCAUUCCCAAAAUUGUAUAUGAGGGGCCGAAAAGCAAGAACCCACUUGCAUAUAAAUGGUACAAUGCUAAUGAGGAGAUUCUUGGGAAGAGUAUGAAGGACUGGAUGAGGUUUAGUGUUGCUUUUUGGCACACUUUCCGUGGGACAGGAGGUGACCCUUUUGGUGCAGCUACUAAGAUGUGGCCGUGGGAAGAUGGUACUAAUUCUUUAGCCAUGGCAAAGCGAAGAAUGAGGGCGAACUUUGAGUUCCUAGAAAAGCUUGGUGUUGAUAGGUGGUGUUUUCAUGAUAGGGACAUUGCUCCAGAUGGUAAAACAUUGGAGGAAUCUAAUGCAAAUCUGGAUGAAAUCGUAGCUCUUGCGAAAGAACUUCAGGGAACCAAGAUUCGUCCUUUAUGGGGUACGGCCCAGUUGUUCCUGCAUCCGCGCUACAUGCAUGGGGGUGCCACCAGCCCAGAAAUAGGAGUCUAUGCAUAUGCAGCAGCUCAAGUUAAGAAAGCAAUAGAGGUUACACACUAUCUCGGAGGUGAAAAUUAUGUCUUUUGGGGCGGUCGUGAGGGUUAUCAGACUCUUCUGAACACUGAUAUGGAGAGAGAGCUUGACCAUAUGGCACGAUUUUUUGAAGCUGCUGUAGCUUACAAAAAGAAGAUUGGAUUCAAGGGAACACUUCUUAUUGAGCCUAAGCCUCAAGAACCCACAAAGCACCAGUAUGAUUGGGAUGCUGCCACAGCAGCGAAUUUCUUACGGAAGUAUGGACUUAUAGGAGAAUUCAAAUUGAAUAUCGAAUGCAACCACGCUACUCUAUCUGGUCACAGUUGUCACCAUGAGCUUGAAACUGCGCGGAUUAAUGGUUUACUAGGAAAUGUUGAUGCAAACACUGGCGACCCUCAAAUAGGUUGGGAUACGGAUCAGUUUUUGAUGGAUAUCAACGAAGCCACAUUGGUUAUGCUCAGUGUCAUCAGAAACGGUGGACUUGCACCUGGGGGCUUCAAUUUUGAUGCCAAAUUACGAAGGGAGAGUACAGACGUUGAAGACUUGUUUAUUGCUCAUAUUGCUGGUAUGGAUACCCUUGCACGUGGUCUUCGUAAUGCUGCAAAGCUGAUCGAGGAUGGUUCUUUGGAGAAGCUUGUUCGUAAGAGGUAUCAGAGCUUUGAUUCAGAAUUAGGUGCCGAAAUUGAGGCUGGAAAAGCUGAUUUUGAUAUGCUUGAAAAGAAGGCUAUGGAAUGGGGAGAACCUAAAGUUCCUUCUGGCAAACAGGAACUUGCGGAGAUGCUUUUCCAGUCUGCAAUGUGAUAAAAAGUUUUCUAGUACAAGUUUAUAGUUUCGGUUAGCUUAGAAGUAUUAAACAAUAAAGGUAACAGAAGUCAUGGCUUAAUAUGCAAUGUGGCUGGCUGUAAUUAGCAUUUUAAAGACUCUUAGCUUAAGUUAAACUGGUUUAGCCUUAUUUAUCAUUUAAAUGGCAAUCUUAUGUGAACAAUCAGCCAUGGCUUGAUUAGGUGGCUGGCUGGCUGGCUGGCUGGCUUAUUAUAAGCAAGAAAUCAGAUUUGUUCCUUGUUCCAUU